ACUAGUACGAGCAGCUAAACUAGUGUCAUAAUCGAAGCGCUUGCUAUUCUGAUUAGUGUUAAUAUGAAGAUGAAGUACCUCUGUAUAUUCGUUGCAGCAGCAUUUGGUUUUUCUGAAUGCGGUACGAGUGAGAUUAAAACGGAUGUUUGCAAAAUGGACCCUCCGUAUGAGCCAGGCAAAGCACUUAUUGCCGGCUGGUUCUACAAUGAGAGUAUUGACCUGUGUCAGUACUACGAGUUUGGUGCCGCAUCCGGGGAAAAUGAAAACUCCAACAGAUUUUCAUCGUUAUCAGAUUGCAGCAAAACGUGCAGGAGACACGUGCCAAGAUUUUGUUUUGAUACACCAAGGGGAAACGACAAAGUAGAACAUCCUACUAAGUGGACUUACAAUUCAACCCGAGGGAAGUGUGUCAAGUUGUACUGGAAUGCGGAAACAACCAAAGACUCCAAUGUCUUUGAUAAAGAAGCGGACUGUUUGGAUAUAUGCCGAGAUCCCGACUUCGGCCCUUGCGCACAGCUACCUACUGAUACGGAAUGCAAGGGAAAUGGCACCCGAUAUUAUCGGUACAAUCGAACUAGCCAAACUUGCUAUCUUGAUAACACAUACCUAUGUCGAGAGGGAGACAACGCAUUCUUAACCCUUAAUGCCUGCUACGCACGCUGUGGAAGAUUUGUAAAGAACAAAUGCAAGCUACCUGCCCAGGACCUCGGCAUGUGUAGCCAAUAUGGCAAACGAUUUAUGUUCGAUCAAAAUGACAAAACAUGCAAGGAAUACACUGGUUGCGAUCAUCACGGUAUCGGCUUCUACAAGGAAAGCGAGUGCGCCAAAGCAUGCAAAAAAGACUUAAAUCGCCGCUGUCUCAUGAAGCCAGAUAAAGGAAAACUGGGAAAGUGGAUCGGAAAAACCAGGUGGUAUUAUGAUAUAACUAGAAAUGAGUGCAAAAAAACUAAACAAACAACGUUCUGGAAAGGCACCGGCACAACUAACUUAUUCGCUACCAAAGAGGAAUGCGAAAAACUUUGCAAGCGUGUGCACAAGGCUGCUGAGUCUUCGACAGAAGAAGAGGAACUCUAAGAUGUCUCAAAUAAAAUGUCAUUGUAAUUUCUUCAAAAC